UAAUAAUUCAUAAUCAUCAGAUGCCCUUUUACAUUGCAGUUUGCUUUAUCAUUGUAAAAUAUAUUGUACCAUGAAAAUUCAAUCGAAGCAAAUUUAUUAGAAUAAUUAUAGAUGCGAGUGCGCUGAAGCUUUUCUCCGAAGAGUAUUAAGCUAAACCUUUUCGUCUCACGUUUAAUCAUUUUUGUUAAAUAUUAGGCAAUUUUUCGAGUUGGUAAAUUGGCAACAGCACAUCUUUGUUCCUGUCGAGCAAUCUUUGUGGCGCUUCGUUUGAUAAGCUUUUGAAAAAACUGAUAGCAACCUUGAUAAUUUUGCUAAGAUUGAAAAUCUGAUUUCAAGUCAACAUAUGGAAAUAUAAAGAAAAUUCAGAAACUGAAUCAACAAACGAAAAGAGCUCUGAUUCAGAAAUGGAAGUAUCCCAAGGCAGUAUCAGUUUAAAAACUGUAGUUUCAAGCCUGGAAAAUUGCUCAAAAGGUGCAGUUAAUGAAUUGAGCCAACCGAACUUUGAAAUUAUGCUAUUAAGUUCUGAGAGUUCUAAUUCAGGAACGGAAGUAUGCAGUCAAAACAGCGAAAGAUCAGUAACUGGAAUAUCAAACCAAGAGAAUUUAGAUAUUCAAUUAUUUAACCAAAAGAAUUCAGAUAUGGAAGCACCCACUGAAGACAGUAUGAGCUCAAAAAUGACAUCUUCAAAUGAAGAAUAUUGUUCAAGAAAUGUAGUUAAUAACUUAAACCAAGAGAAUUUAGAAACCGAGUUAUCAAUUGAAAAGAAUUCAAAUCCAGAAAUGGAAGUACCGUCUCAAAACAGCUUGAGUUUAAUAAUUGAAGUAUCAAGACAAAAGAAAUUUGAAAUUGAAUCAUCAAGCCAAAAUAAUUCUAAUUCAAAAAUGGAAAUAUGCUCUCAAGAUAGCAUAAGCUCAAUAAUGGAAAUAUCCUCUCAAGAUAGCAUAAGCUCAAUGCAAGUUUCAAAUGAGGAAAAUUGCUCAAAGAGUGCAGUUAAUGAAUUAAACCAAGAGAAUUUAGAAAUUGGAUUAUUAAACCAAAAGAAUUCAAAUCCAGAAAUGGAGGUCUCCUCUCAAGACAGCUUGAGUUCAAUAACUGGAGUAUCAAGCCAGGAGAAAUUAGAAAUUGAAUCAAGCCAAAAUAAUUCUAAUUCAAAGAUGGAAAUAUCCUCUCAAGAUAGCAUAAGCUCAAAAAUGAAAGUUUCAAAUGAGGAAAAUUCCUUAAAGUGUGUAGUUAAUAAAUUAAACCAAGGAAAUUUGGAAAUUGGUUUAUCAAGUGAAAAAAAUUCAAAUUCAGAAAUGGAAGUAUCCUCUCAAAACAGCUCAAGUUUAAUAAUUGGAGGAUCAAGUCAGGAGAAAUUAGAAACUGAAUCAUCAAGUCAAAGUAAUUCUAAUUCAAAAAUGGAAAUAUCCUCUCAAGAUAGCAUAAGCUCAAAAAUGGAAAUAUCCUCUCAAGAUAGCAUAAGCUCAAAAAUGGAAAUAUCCUCACAAGAUAGCAUAAGCACGAAAAUGGAAGUUUCAAAUGAGGAAAAUUCCUCAAAGUGUGUAGUUAGUGAAUUAAACCAAGGGAAUUUGGAAAUUCGAUUAUCAAGCGAAAGAAAUUCACAUUCAGAAAUGGAAGUAUCCUCUCAAAACAGCUCGAGUUUAGUAAUUGGAGUAUCAAGCCAGGAGAAAUUAGAAACUGAAUCAUCAGGCCAAAAUAAUUCUAAUUCAGAAAUGGAAGUAUCCUCACAAGAUAGCAUGAGCUCAAAAAUGGAAGCUUCAAAUGAGGAAAAUUGCUCAAAAAAUGUAGUUAAUGAAUUAAACCAAGGGAAUUUGGAAACUGAAUUAUCAAGCCAAAAAUAUUCAAAUUCAGAAAUGGAAGUAUCCACUCAAGACAGCUCGAGUUUAGUAAUUGGAGUAUCAAAGCAGGAGAAAUUAAAAACGGAUUCAUUAAUCCGAAAUAAUAAUUCUAAUUCACAAAUGGAAGUUUCCACUCAAGAUAGCAUGCUCUCAAAAAUGUUAGUUUCAGACCAUGAAAAUAGCUCAACAGACACAUUUAAUGAAUUCUGUAAUACAAAAGACAGUUUAUCAUGUGAAAAUUCUGAUUUGCAAAUCCCUACCAUGUCAAGAAAGAUAAAUAAAAGAUCUCAUCCUUCAUCUGAUGACGAGUGUAUUUCCAAAAGAAAAAAAUGUGGAAAAGAAAUUGCUUUAGAAAAGGAUGAAACCCUUAUAAGAGAAAGAGAUCUGUUAAGAAGAGAGGCUACUGUGCUAUUAAGAGAAGAAGCUGUUGCGUCUCGUGAACAAGCACUGUUAUUGCGAGAGCGUGCCAUUUUGGCAAGGGAACAGAAUUUGGAAAAUGAAGAGAAAAAAAAAUAAUUUGUCUUUAAAGUGGUAUAUUGAAAAGUGCAUAUUAUUCAAUUGGAAAUCACAUUUUUUUAACAGUGUGAUUUUCCUUUAUUUUUUGUGUACAGUUUGUAUUUUUGUACAUAUUUAAAUUACUGUGUUGAGAAAUAGUACAGUAAUCUUUAAUUGGUCAAACAAUAUCAAAAUGUAAAAUUUUAAUUUAAUGUUAUAUUUUCUUAGUCAAGUUUCUGGCUAUUUAUAAUUUUUUCUGUUACCUUCAGUUUUUAAUUUAUUGAAGUUUGACUGUGCCUGCAAAACCUCCCUAAAAGGGCCAUUUACACAUGUAGAUAUUUUGGCCAUGUGUGGAUGUGAUCACUUUACAGAACAUUACUCACAUUUAUAUUGAGUACUACAAGUUAAUUAUGUUUCCAAAAAUACUGGCCAGUUUUAUAGGUGAUUGCUUUAAAAGAUUUUAUUGUUUAUUGAGAUUUUUAUUGCUAUUAUCAUACAAACCAAACCAAAUUAUUAUGUUAAUCGAGGCAUUUUCCCCCCAAUUAAAAAAUAUUCAUCAAAGAAGUUUCAUAACUGAACAUUUUCAAAAUGUUAAAAAAAAAAAAAAUCUCUGUGUAUGAAACUAUAUGUUCACCUGCAGAGUUUCAAAUUCUGCUGUAUGCUUUUUUAACAGGUGAUUAGAACUGUUAAUUAUAUGUAUAUUUAUUGAAUAAAACAAUUGGCUGCAUGAA